AUGACCAAUGGGAGCAGCAUGGACUCGUCACGCGAUCGUCUCAUGAGGCUCCUAAUUGAUCGCCGCUGCCUCAGACGUUCCCCUCCGGUUGCAAUCUUUGCCUAUGCAGAUGACUUCUCUAUUGUCGCCCUGUACGAGUCAUCAGCUUGCGCCGUCUUGGAUGUCGUGGCCAGUUACGGCGCGGCGAGUGCGGGCAGCUUUCAAGCAUUAGUAGGGAGCGAGGAGACGAUCGGCGUAACUCAGCCUGUGGUCAGCAAGUGUGUGCGACGCGUGGCGCCGGCAGUCGUCCACGCCAGGGCCAGCAACAAGUGGGUCCACUUCCCGAGGACGUCGCACGAGAAGGCCGCCGUGAAGGAAGGGUUCCUUCGACGCGGCGCCAUUCCCACCGUCAUCGGAUGGAUGAACGGCAGUCGUAUCGCCAUUAUCGCACCGAAGGUCCAGCAGAAGGCGGCACGAUAUCUGCGACGCAGGCAUGCGGAUCCUCGCCGUCGACGCAUGCGACCGGGGUCAGACCAUGACACCUACGUCUGGAGAACUACGUGGUUGCGUCGUCGAUUCCACGAGGGACAUAUUGCCAAGGCUGGUGACAGCGGCUACCCCCUGGAGCCAUGGCUGCUGACUCCGGUCCCUGGCCACUCUCCCAUGCACACUGCCUAA